ACACACACACACACACGUACACACGUACACACGUACACACACACACACACAUUUUUUAUAGUUGAUGUAUGCAUCAAUUCUUUUCUUUAUCUAAAGUCUUCGCAGCGCCUGACCUAUCAUUUUGAAAGUGGGAAAGAUCUAAGCAAAUGUCAUAAACGUCCUCAUGAAUGAAUGUGUCAUCAUAAAGGGUAAAGAUUGUAAAUGUAAAAUGGAAAAUCCACAAUUUGCGAAAGAAAAAAGUCGUGUAUUUUCUAUUAUGGUACAAUUUUGUUUAUUGAUUUAUUCUACCAUCCGUCGUUAUAUACAUAUAUCGGUUUUGUUACUUACAUCCACUUGUUCUUGUAAUUUGCGAAGUAGCCAGUUACCAAUGGAAAUUAUGAAAGUCUAAAUGUGUCACUUAUUUACCGGAAAAUUGCACGGGAAAUCAGUAAUCUCGGAGUCAAGUAACAUCAAUAUUAAAGCAACAAAAAUUAAAUUGCUUAUCAUACGUUUUAUUUAUGAUAAAAUGACAAGUGAUUACAAAAUAAGUAAAUAAUUACAAGACAAAUUAAUUUGCGAGGAAGGGUGACGACCGGCUUAUUUACCAAUACACUUUGACUAAGAAACGAUUCCAGCUGAACAAAAUCAUUCAAAAUAAUGAAAUAAAUAAGAUUUCAUUAUUUCGACAAGCAUUGAAAAGGCAUACAUAACUACAGUUGCCGUCCGCCUUCGGCUUGAUCCCUGUAUGCAAUGGGUGGUGGAGCUGCAAUUCAGCAAGUCUUUACCCACGCACAGCGAGUUAGAUUACUUUACAAGACCAUUCUGAAGUUACAUCGUGGUUUUCCUGUAGAACUGAAAGCUCUUGUCUUGUCUCAUUUUAUAGGUGACCAGUACACUCGUGAUGAAUUUCGACGACACAAAAAUGCAACGCCAGAACAAACACAAGCUUUCAUGGUAGAGUGGACCAACUAUGCAAUCACUAUAGCUAAGCAGCUAGGUGUAAGAGGAGCUCACAUGUCUAAAACCUUUGGACAAAACUUUAAAGUAUCCGACCUGGAAAAUUUUAAUGAUGAACAGGUUUAUCAGCUAUAUGAAUUGUACAAAGCAUCAGUUGAAGCAGAUAAUGGAAAUCAAAAAGAAUCGUAAGUUUUGUUAAAGAGUUAAUAAGUGUUGUCAGUAACUUAGUUAAGAUUUAUAGCAGACAGUGUAAUUCGGAGUGAUACAUGAUAUUAUUAUAUUUUCAAUUGUAUAUAUUCUUUGUAAUGAAUGUGUAUAUAUAACAUAUAGAAAUAAAUUUUAUAACCAUA